AUGACACCUUCAUCCAAUAAUAUUCAGUUCAUGCUGGCAAUUAUUUUGCUUUUGCUACCCAUAGCAGCAAAAGGAUAUGAUAAUAUAUGUGACGCAGUGCAAUGUGGAAGGGGAAGUUGCGAGUCAGAUCCCGGCCUGAUCCCUUUUAACUUCAGAUGCAACUGCCAAAAUGGUUGGCGACGCACGCGUCUUAACAACGAACAAAAUCUUGAACAUCUUCCAUGCAUCAUCCCCGAUUGCUCUCUUGACUACUCAUGCAUGCCAUCUGCGCCACCACUUCCACCGGUUCCCAACGAUACAUCUUCCUUUGACCCAUGUGAUUGGAUCUACUGCGGGGAAGGGACGUGCAUGAGGGAUUCAACAUAUACGCACAGAUGCCAGUGCAAUUACGGUCAUUAUAAUUUGUUCAACAUCUCGGCUUUUCCAUGUUAUAGCGAUUGUGCCCUUGGAUCUGAUUGCGAAAGGCUAGGAAUUCGGGUCUCUCGCUCCACUUCAAACCCAUAUUUUAACAAUAAUUAUCGUAAUCAAGGUACACCCUUUUUGCCAAGGAAGUUCAACUGGAUAGUGAUUACGCUUAUAUCCAUUGUUAUGGGUCUCUGGGCCUCGUUGAGGUUGGCUCCCCAAGCUGUCCGUUUGUUGGAGUUUGAGACUUGGAGUUCAAAGUUCUUUGAAGAGAUCGAGUCGCCCUCCAGAUAUCUCCUUCAAAUCUUGUCGACUCGGGUUCAGAAUCUUGAGAAAGGAGUUGAAUUGGACUGUCAGUGGAUUGAAUUCGAUGAUGUCCGUUACCAUAUUCAGGCUACUAUGAAGAAUCCAAAUCUCUUAGUGCUAUCAGUAUCAUUACCUACACCACCUCCAGAAACUGUAUUUUUUGGGGGACUUCCUCCAGAAGCAAUAGAAGCCAUAAAGGCAGCAUAUGGAACGGUUGUGCACAUUCUUGAUCCUCCAAAGGAUGGUUUCAAUCUCACGGUGAAACUGAACCUGUCAAAACUUCCUCCAGAUGAAGAACACCGGCAAGAACUCCUGGGAAAGAUUGCAUCUAUUAGGGAAGUUGUACAGGGUGCACCGCUGAAAGCUGUUCUAAAACAACUUGUCUCAAGGACAGUUAAAUCUGAUUUAAAUAAGCUUAUUUCCCUAGUGCAUCGGCCAAAUGAGUCAUUUUUCGUUGUACCUCAGGCAGACAAGGUGACUGUGGUUUUCCCCAUGAGAUUCAAGGAUUCUGAAUUUGUGGACGCAAGGAGAACUGCUGGACUUGGCAAUGCCCCUCAAUGUUUGUGGUCUCCUUCUCCCCCGCAAGAACUGAAAGGAGCUCCUGCUGAAGCAUUAUUGGCAAAUGCUGGAUUUGUCAGUUUUGUCAUUUCCCCACGUCAUGUGGAAGGCAGAAAGCUGGACAGAACUGUUUGGAGCUUAUCAACAUUUCAUGCUUAUGUUAGUUACCAUGUCAAGUGUUCAGAAGGCUUCAUGCAUACUCGGAUGAGGCGACGUGUAGAGUCACUGAUAGAGGCUUUAGAUCGUGCCAAACCAGAUUGGAAGAAGGUGAAGAAGGCUGUACAAACUAGAUCCUUUAAAAGACUGAGCAUCAAUGAUGGACGGGCAACUUCAAAUUCCAGAAACUAUUUAGCUGCAAAAGAACAUGAAAAUAAUGCUAGUGCUCCUGAGCAGCAGCUGGACGAGCGAUUGAGUUUCUUACCUGAGUUAAUGGCAUCAGCAAAAAAGGCGGCAUUGCAGGGUGUGAAGGAGGUGAAAGAUAGAGUGCAAGAAGAUGCUGGCCUGGGCAUUGAGCUUAAUGCUAUUGCAAAAGAAGAUGAUCAUAAUGUCACAGAUGAAGUGGAUGGCAGCGGUGACUUGGAGAUUGAUUCUGAUAAUGAUAAUAUUAACAUUUCUAAGAUAGAGCCAACCAAAGCUGAGGCAGAGGCAAUUGACAGAGGAUUGCAGUCAAUAAAAAAUGAAGAUCUGGAAGAAAUCCGGGAAUUAGGAUCUGGCACAUAUGGCGCUGUGUAUCAUGGCAAGUGGAAGGGCUCUGACGUUGCAAUAAAGAGAAUCAAAGCCAGCUGUUUUGCGGGAAAGCCAUCUGAAAGGGAACGCCUGGUUAAGUUUGUUAUACCUUUCAUGACUCUUUUAAGAAUAACCAAUCCAUGGAUAGUGACGAUGAGCGCCAUCAUCGCUAUUGUACGACGCGACGAUGAGCGCUGCUGCGGGGCGGUGCCUGUGUCGAAUUGUGAUGAUGGUUUUUUCGGCGCAAGCGACGGCAUCGAAAGGUCCAGUGGUGCUGUAGUCGGAGGGGAGAGCAAGAGAGAUUAG